ACCCACAGCUUGGGGAGGAAAUAUUCCUGAGGAAGAGUUUCUUAUCAGAUCUGGGCAACUUCUAUCUUGUCCCCAGAGUUCUGCAUCUUCAGCAAAACUGAAGGAGUGAAAUGAAGAGCUCAGCUGAACUCCGUCAUUCCUCUUUCCCUAUCAGCUUCUCAUUUCUGUAAUCCGCAUCCAUUUGUUUUUCUUCCACACACAAUGACUUCAACGCAAAGCAGAAAAUUCUUGCCCACUUUAUUCCUGGUAACACAGAUUAGAUGUUUAGGCAAAAGGUGGAGAUGUUUUAGUUAAUAUCAGUUGUAGCCUUUUUCUCCCCCAGCAAAGAUGAGUCUUUAAAACUGCACUGUCAAUCUGGAACCAAUGCUGACUACAGGCAUGACACCCUCAUCUGAUUGGCCUACUUUGCUGCCCCUGUUACCAGCUCCUGCUUCUUCUCUUCCUCAUCUUAUCUACUUCCUUGCCCAGCAGAGAACCGGGGAACAGCAGGCAGUGUUAGUUACCGCUCUACCCCUUCACUGCUUCUGCCUGUUCCCUUGCUCACUCUCCUAGGCCAGAGCAAGAGGGUGUUUUCAGACUGCAGAUGGACUGAGCUUCAGAAAAUGUGUAGGUGCAAUUCCCCAAUGUCUCUCUGUGUUUCCCAUUUACCAAGUUGGGCCUUAGAAAGGUUCUUGUGUGUGAAACAGAAAUUUGGACCACCAUCUGUGACAGCUGCCUCUCCUGUGGGUGAACUGGAGCAGUGACUAAACUGCUCAGAAAUGCAGAAACCAAGGAAUCAACAAUUUAAGAAGAUGACCAGGUGCUAUUACAAUGAGACUGUUGAGUUCUUCUACAACAACAGUGGUAAGGAGCUCUUCCACGAAUGGAGGCCCAAGGACAUCCUGGUGGUAGCUCUUGGCUUGACCGUCAGCAUCAUUGUGCUUCUCACCAACUUGCUGGUCAUCAGUGCCAUUGUUAUCAAUAAGCGUUUCCACUACCCCAUCUAUUACCUGCUGGGAAAUCUGGCAGCUGCUGAUCUCUUUGCCGGCAUUGCAUACAUGUUCCUGAUGUUCCACACUGGGCCCCGGACAGCCCAGCUCUCACUCAAGACCUGGUUUGUCAGGCAGAGCCUCCUGGACACCAGCCUCACAGCCUCAGUGGUCAAUCUCUUGGCCAUCGCCGUGGAGCGGCACCAGACAGUUUUCACCAUGCAGCUCCACAGCAAGAUGUCCAAUCAGCGAGUGAUGAUACUUAUCUGCUGUAUCUGGAUCACAGCUCUGCUGCUUGGCCUGAUCCCCUCAUACGGUUGGCACUGUCUGUGCCAGCUGGACACUUGUUCCCGGAUGGCUCCCCUCUACAGCCGCAGGUAUUUGACCUUCUGGGCCCUCUCAAAUCUCUUCAUCUUUCUUGUGAUGGUGGUGGUCUACACUCACAUCUUCAUCUACGUCAAAAGAAAGAUGGCACGGAUGUCCAAGCACACCACCUUCCACCCACGCUAUAAGGAUACUAUGAUCAACCUCAUCAAGACAGUCAUCAUUAUCCUCAGUGCCUUUGUUAUCUGCUGGACCCCCGGGCAGGUGGUGCUCCUAUUGGACGGCCUGGACUGCAAAAGCUGCAAUGUGUUAGCUGUGGAAAAAUACUUCCUGCUGCUGGCGGAAAUCAAUUCAGUCAUUAACGCCAUUGUCUACUCUUACCGGGACAAUGAGAUGUGCAACACCUUCCGGAAGAUCCUUUGCUUUGCCUGCUACAAGAUGCCAAAUUACAUGCCAGCUUCAGUCAAGUCCAGCACCACAGAGCAUAGGAUAUUGCCUCAGAACGGACAUCCAACAAUGGACUCCACACUCUAAUUUCUUUUUGCUGGUCAUUCCAGUGGUGAUUGGUUGGAGGCCCAUCUCUUUGUGGCAAGAGACCGCCAUCUGUCAUGUCUGCAGUGCAGCUGGGAGGACCACUGUGACCAAGGUUAUCAACCAGGGUCUGCAGGGGACAGAACCGCGCCUGUGCAUUGGUUGGAGACUGGCAGCAGCAGUCUGAAUUUGGCACACCAGGUUGUGGCCUCCUGACAAGAAGCAGUGGUGCUGUAACUAACUGAGCACAUGCUUGUAAUGCAACAACUCUUUGUUGUCAACUGA